UAGUGCUCAUGAGCCUUGAAGCUGUUGCUUAGAUUCUGUUGUGGUGAAUGUAAAGGAAAAGUGGAUUCACUUGAUCUAAUUACUACCUGCACAUUAGGAACUAGGAAAGUGAACACCUACCUGAUUGAUCAAAGAUGAUCACGUACAUAGGUGCAUUCAUAGGACACAGAAAUUCUUGCGCAUUCUGACAUUGUUACAUAAUUUGUAUCUCUUCUCUGAAUGGAACCCUCUGAUCUCAUAGAAUUCUGGUUUCCCGGGGAACAAGGAAACAAAGUAUUUAAAGCAUGCAAUAUUUUAGUCCUUCAAGAGCUCAUAACAGAACUGUACACAAAACUGUAGAUGGGGAAAAUCCAAUGGACUUUGUUGUGAAGAAGAUUGAAGAGCUGGAUAUAUCCAGGUAUCACACGAAGGGACACUAUAGGAAGCUUGGCUCGCCAAAGAAUGAUACCACAGAUGACCUUACUGAUAACACUAGGACUGCAGAGAGAGCCUCAGUGAGAUGGCCACCCUCCCUCACGGUUUUGAGGACAGCAGGGCCGCACUUCCGACAGACCCAGUCCAUCCCUGCUCACCCUCCCUGCAUCACCCUGAAGCACACCCCACCCGGCCCUCAUGGACAGGGACAGGGACAUCCACCACAUCCACCUCAGCCUUCAGCCAAGGAGCGGUCCAAGUCGGUGGAGCCCAGAUACGAGCCCUGCCACCUGGACUUUAACUUCUUGCGCAUGGCCUCUACCAUGGAGCAGGUAGAGGGGGAGCUCCAGUACCGGUGCGCUGGGUGCCUGUUGCUCUACACCAGCCUGGCCGCACUGCAGAACCACAUCGGCCUCAGCUGGAUGGAUGGCUUCAGCUGCCGCGUCUUCUACAGGAAGCUGAGGGAGAUCCGCAACAGGGACGAACCCAGGAAGCUCCACGAGAGGGUCCAAACGAGUAGUGUUGCCGAGAAGCAGCUGAGGCCACCCACGUGCGGGGCAGCGCUGGGCCUUGCUAGAGGGGGUAAGAGUGGAGGGCAGACAGGGCUGAAGCAGGGAGCUCUUCCUGGAGCUGCAGGAAGGAAGGACCAGGGGGUGCCCAGCCAGAGGUUGACUCUGGAGUCGGUGGAGACAAUAAGAAGGAACGCGGUGGUUCACAAGUGGCUGAACGAGAUCGAAUGUUACCCCAUCCCUGAUGUCACCCCAUCCCUGAUGUCACCCCAUCCCUGAUGUUACCCCAUCCCUGAUGUUACCCCAUCCCUGAUGUCACCCCAUCCCUGAUGUUACCCCAUCCCUGAUGUUACCCCAUCCCUGAUGUCACCCCAUCCCUGAUGUUACCCCAUCCCUGAUGUUACCCCAUCCCUGAUGUUACCCCAUCCCUGAUGUCACCCCAUCCCUGAUGUUACCCCAUCCCUGAUGUCACCCCAUCCCUGAUGUCACCCCAUCCCUGAUGUCAUCCCAUCCCUGAUGUUAUCCCAUCCCUGAUGUCACCCCAUCCCUGAUGUCACCCCAUCCCUGAUGUCACCCCAUCCCUGAUGUCACCCCAUCCCUGAUGUCACCCCAUCCCUGAUGUCACCCCAUCCCUGAUGUUACCCCAUCCCUGAUGUUACCCCAUCCCUGAUGUCACCCCAUCCCUGAUGUCACCCCAUCCCUGAUGUUACCCCAUCACCAGAAAGUACAUAAAAGCAUCCCUCUUUUUGAUUACCCAGUUUCACUGAAUGAGAAAUACUUUUGGCAUUGAAUGAACGACUAUUGGCAUUGAAUGAAUGACUAUUGGCAUUGAAUGAACGACUAUUGGCAUUGAAUGAACGACUAUUGGCAUUGAAUGAACGACUAUUGGCAUUGAAUGAAAGACUAUUGGCAUUGAAUGAACGACUAUUGGCAUUGAAUGAACGACUAUUGGCAUUGAAUGAACGACUAUUGGCAUUGAAUGAAAGACUAUUGGCAUUGAAUGAAAGACUAUUGGCAUUGAAUGAAAGACUAUUGGCAUUGAAUGAACGACUAUUGGCAUUGAAUGAACGACUAUUGGCAUUGAAUGAACGACUAUUGGCAUUGAAUGAAUGACUAUUGGCAUUGAAUGAACGACUAUUGGCAUUGAAUGAACGACUAUUGGCAUUGAAUGAAAGACUAUUGGCAUUGAAUGAAAGACUAUUGGCAUUGAAUGAAAGACUAUUGGCAUUGAAUGAACGACUAUUGGCAUUGAAUGAACGACUAUUGGCAUUGAAUGAAAGACUAUUGGCAUUGAAUGAAAGACUAUUGGCAUUGAAUGAAAGACUAUUGGCAUUGAAUGAACGACUAUUGGCAUUGAAUGAACGACUAUUGGCAUUGAAUGAACGACUAUUGGCAUUGAAUGAACAACUAUUGGCAUUGAAUGAACGACUAUUGGCAUUGAAUGAAAGACUUUUGGCAUUGAAUGAACGACUAUUGGCAUUGCAUUUCUCAGUGUAAAGGUGUAAUUGCUGUCCUUAGAGGAUUUGCUCUGGGACGGUGGGACUGGUAUGUGUUUUUCACAAGCAGAUCAGUUGC